CCGCCCCCACUCUUACACACAAGUGAGCGUACACACCUCCCCGCAUGGGCACUCUCGGUGCCGGACCGAUAGAGACAAGCGGGUCGCAGCUAAGUUGCUAGAUUCCGGAAGGAACACAGUACGUUGACCCAGUUUUUAGCGACGCACUUUCUCUUUAAGACCAAGCUCUGAGGUGAAGACAGACUGACUCCGAAGCAUUAUGGCGAAGAACUGUGAGCUGGAGGUGAAGCUUAACCUGCCCAAUCAGGUCAGCUCCUCGGCACAAGCAGUGCCCAAAAUCCAUGAGAGGGCUCAGUGGGGCAGUAAAGUAGACUUCCUCUUGGCUGUGGCAGGACAGAUUAUUGGCUUGGGAAACGUGUGGAGAUUCCCAUACCUGUGUUACAAAAAUGGAGGGGGUGAUUUCAUUCGCUUGGAAGUAACUCGUGUUGGAUUCACUCAUUCCCCCAGAGUCCUUUGCUUUGAUUCCAGAGUAUUCCUCGUCCCCUAUGUCCUGUUCCUUUUUACCUGUGGGAUUCCCCUCUUCCUCCUGGAGACUUCGCUGGGACAGUACACUAGCCAGGGGAGCAUCACCUGCUGGAGGAAGAUCUGCCCCAUCUUUGGAGGACUGGGCUUUGGGAGUCAAGUGGUGGUUCUCUACUCCAGCAUCUAUUACAUCAUCAUUCUGGCCUGGGCAUUCUUCUACCUGUUCUCAUCAUUCAGCACGGAGCUUCCUUGGGCCAGCUGCGGAAACACCUGGAACACAGAAUCCUGUGUUGAAUUUAACCAGAAGAACCUCUCUGUCAACUGGACACUUUCAGCUAACACAACUUCACCAUUGAAGGAAUUCUGGGAGAGACAAGUGCUGAAUAUCACAGGAAAUGUGGAGGAGUUGGGAAGUGUACGAUGGGAGCUUGCCCUGUGCCUCCUGCUGUCCUGGAUCAUCUGCUUCUUCUGCGUGUGGAAAGGAGUGAAGUCCACAGGAAAGGUGGUGUACUUCACUGCUACUUUCCCCUACUUGAUGUUGGUGGUGCUGCUGAUCCGGGGGCUUACCUUGCCUGGAGCCAUAGACGGCAUCAUCUUUUACCUGUACCCAGACCCAACCCGGCUCACUGACCCCCAGGUGUGGAUGGACGCUGGGACACAGAUAUUUUACUCCUAUGCCAUUUGCAUUGGGUGUCUGGUAGCUCUGGGCAGUUACAACAAGUACAACAACGACUGCUACAAAGACUGUGUGUAUCUCUGCUUGCUGAACAGUGCAACCAGCUUUGUGGCUGGCUUUGCCAUCUUCUCCGUGCUGGGCUUCAUGGCCAAACAACAAGGAGUGGACAUCUCUGGGGUGGCUGAGUCAGGGCCCGGCUUGGCCUUCAUCGCGUACCCUCAGGCCGUGGCCAUGAUGCCCCUCCCCCAGCUGUGGGCCGUCUGCUUCUUCGUUAUGGUCAUCCUGUUGGGGCUCGACAGUCAGUUUGUAGGUUUAGAAGCUCUCGUGACAUCCAUCUCAGACAUGUACCCCGCCUUCUUUCAAAUCGGACACCGGCGAAAAUUCCUGCUCCUGUUAAUCUGUGUGGUCUGCUUCUUAAUUGGCCUGUUGAUGGUCACGGAGGGUGGUCUGUACAUAUUUCAGCUGUUUGAUUACUAUGCCUGCAGCGGAAUGACACUUCUUACUUUUGCCAUUUUUCAAUCUCUCGCCGUGGGUUGGAUUUACGGUGCGGAUCACCUCUACGAUAACCUUGAAGACAUGAUUGGCUAUAGGCCAUUGCCUCUGAUAAAGUACUGUUGGCGUUAUGUAACACCAGUUGUCUGCACUGCUACCUUAAUCUUCUCCUUGGUUAAGUACAAUCCCCUCAAGUUUAACAACACGCAGGAGUACCCCUGGUGGGGCUAUGCCAUCGGCUGGUUCUUCACCCUCUCCUCUACAUCCCUGGUGCCCCUAUACAUGCUGUAUGCUGUCAUUGUCACCCCUGGAUCAAUGCGACAGAGACUACGCUGGCUCUGCACCCCUGCUGCUAACCUCCCGGGUUCGAAGGCGAAGAAGGGCCCCCACAGAACCCCGUUUGAGCCUGAAAAACUCCCCAUCCAGAGCAUGGCCCACAACGAGGUUGCAUUGGACAGCAACACUGGGCCUCUGUAGAGCCCCCUCCCUCAUGCCCCCCCCCACCCCCACCCUGCCCCGCUCUCUUCUCACCAUAUACUCCAAGUCUUCCAACAACAAGCCUGCUAACCGGCUCAGGAGCCCUGCCGUUGUGUACAGGAGGAGGGAUGUGAGGACACGGCUUUACACAGACUGGAUCCAUGGGCAAGGGGCAGUGCCAAGCGCCUGUCACACCAGCAGUGCUACACUAAGAACCACACAGUGCUACAAUUACGAACAACUGGAGAUCUUCAGUUACCUGUUUUUUUGUUUUGUUUUUUUGUAACAGACUUCAGGUGUGACUUGCUGAAUGGGCCCUAUCAAGUCAGUCCAUCAGAACUUUGUCAGCUGGUCCAGAAAUGUGACCUCGAACCCCUCAAAUCCUUCUGGACCGCCAGUGCUAAGCCUGCGCCCCGCGGGUUUGUAGGCCGGUUGCCCUCGGCUGCGUCUCAAACGGCUAAAAUGCAGGCAGUGCUCUACGGCAGGAAGGCGUUCAGACAGAUCCUGAAGGCAGCUUUGGUGCAUCCUUCACCGGGCCAGGGAAGCAUAUCCCAGAGGUCUUCGCGAUUAACACAGGCUUCUUAAUGGCGGCUGAAAACAGCGGCAGAGCUCGUUUACAAGUGUGAGUGUGCAGUGUGAGUGUGCAGAGUGUGAGUGUGCAGUGGGCAGUGUGAGUGUGCAGAGUAUGAGUGAGCAGUGUGCAUGUGCAGUGUGUGAGCGUGCAGUGGGCAGUGUGCAGAGUGAGUGUGAGUGCAGUGUGUGUGUGUGUGCAGAGUGAGUGUGCAGAGUAUGACUGUGCAAGUAUGAGUGUGGAGUGUGAAUGCAGUGUGUGAGUGUGCAGUGUGAGUGGGCAGUGAGUGUGCGGUGAACUUGAUCAUUGAUGGUAGUAAUUUUUUUAAUUCAUUGGAAUUAUGUAUUUAAUGUUUUUAAGCCAUGGCGAGCUUUCCAUGGACUAGCCAGCUAUCUUGCUUGUAAUCACGUACUGUAAUCGCGUUAUUUUUCUGUGAUGACAUCCUGCCUUCAAAGUGUGUCCAGAAUUCCUUGCCUUUUGAGGUUCCUUUUCCGUUAAGACGCUACCUUCAGAGUGACCUCACUGCUAAGGGUGUAGGCAGCGAGGCAGCUACCUUCAGAGGAAGCUCACUGCUAAGGGUGUAGGGAGCUAGGCAGUUACCUACAGAGGAAGCUCACUGCUAAGGGUGUAGGAAGUUACCUUUCAGAGGGAGCUCACUGCUAAGGGUGUAGGGAGUUACCUUUCAGAGGAAGCUCACUGCUAAGGGUGUAGGGAGUUACCUUUCAGAAGAAGCUCACUGCUAAGGGUGUAGGGAGUUACCUUUCAGAGGGAGCUCACUGCUAAGGGUGUAGGGAGUUACCUUUCAGAGGGAGCUCACUGCUAAGGGUGUAGGGAGUUGCCUUUCAGAGGUAGCUCACUGCUAAGGGUGUAGGGAGUUGCCUUUCAGAGGGAGCUCACUGCUAAGGGUGUAGGCAGCAAGGCAGUUACCUACAGAGGUAGCUCACUGCUAAGGGUGUAGGGAGUUACCUUUCAGAGGUAGCUCACUGCUAAGGGUGUAGGGAGUUGCCUUUCAGAGGUAGCUCACUGCUAAGGGUGUAGGCAGCAAGGCAGUUACCUACAGAGGUAGCUCACUGCUAAGGGUGUAGGGAGUUACCUUUCAGAGGGAGCUCACUGCUAAGGGUGUAGGGAGUUGCCUUUCAGAGGGAGCUCACUGCUAAGGGUGUAGGGAGUUGCCUUUCAGAGGGAGCUCACUGCUAAGGGUGUA